AUGAAGGAUAACCCAAGUUUAAAAGACCGAAUAAAUUAACUUUAAAAUGACAGUCUAACUCCCAUAUCUUCAAGCAGGAUGACCCCUAAUACUAAUAAACCACCGCUUCCAUUAGGGAAUUCUCGAAAUUAACAAAAGGCAUUCAGUACAUAAGUCUCACCGCAGAAUAACUCAAACAAUGAUAUGCUGAAAUAAAGUAGUUUGGAUUAAGAUUAAAAUACCAAAGAUUUAAUUCAACCACUUGAUUCAGUGCUGAAAUAGAGAGAGGAUAGCAAGGAAUAGAUAGGAUAGCUUACAGAUAGAAAAAGCGAUAAUGUAGAUGACUCCUAGUUUUUUAAUAUGGAUCUAAAAUAAAAGCAAAGAUUGUUGUAGCGAAGAGUAACUAAAAAAAAGAAAAACUAUCGAGUUCACAAAGCAUUACUUUUACUAAUUCAAAAGGAGUAGAUUACUUAAAUAGAAGGUACUCCGAAAAGUUCGCAAAAUCAAAACCUUAAUAGCCAAGAAUCAGCUAAAGAUUAUAAUGAGGCAGGAUAUUUUAGUCAAGAUGACCUUAGAAUUAAUAAUAAUUAAUAAGUAGAAGCUAGCAAUCCUAUUAAAGUAAAUCUUAUCAAAUCAAAUCUAAGCAUCCCAUUAGGUGAAAUCAAGAGAAUGAGCAAUAUAGUAGAGGAAUUACAUGAGGAUGAAGAUGAGACAAAUUCCCAUAAAAGAUAAUCUAUGGCUACUAUGUAGAAUAAAACUUUUGAGGAUUUUAAAUUUGAAAGUUCCCCGAUGACAAAAUUUAAAUAGCCUAUUUUACAACAAAACGAUUCUUACCUUCAACCAGAUGUAGGAAAGAGAAUAAGUGUUUUAACUGGAGGUUUAAAAAAAUAGACUUCAAGUAUUUCUGAACUUAGGACUAUGCAAUCGAUGACAAGUGCAUAACGGUUCUCUAUCAAGUCUCAAAUAGGAUUUUCAGAUCUAUAAAAGCAUUCAUCAAACAAUCCUAGCAAUGGUACAGUUUAAGGAUAAAUUAUGGGAUCGUUUAAUAAUAAUGACAAGAGAAUAUCCAGUUCUUCCAAUUUAACCAUUCCAGAAACGCUUAUAUUAUAAACAUCAGUAAGGAGUCCAAUGAAUUUCCCUGGAAUGUAAAAACCUCCACUGAUGUAGAAAUCUCUAUUAUCUAAAUCUCCUGACAUUAUGAAUAAUUCUGCUAAACAUGAGAAAAAAUAGUAUAUGACUGAAAAACAUAAAAGUAAAACAACUGCAUUUGGAGGCCUUAAAUUUUUGAACAAGCAUGCUAAUAAACAUCACGAGUCCACUCAUGAUUUAAGUUAAUCAAGAGAUAAAAUUGAUAUCUAAAAGGAUUCAUCUAUUAGGAAUCUCAAUACAAUACAAUCUCUUCCUUCAUUUAGCAAAAACAAUUCUAAGAAAACAAGUCUAAACACUUCAACCAAGGAAAUUGAAGAUGAAGGAAGAGAGGCGGCGCGAAAAAGAAUGGAAAAAAGAAGAUUUACAAAACAUCUUUAUACAAGAUAAUAGCAAGUCCUAUCUAAUAAUUAAUCUAACACCUAAGCAGGGAGACAAGGUAACAUUGCAAGUUCAGAUCCGGACAAUGGGGUUAAGUCCAUUUAUAUGUAAAGUAUAUUUCUAAAGAAAUGGAAUCGUGAUCCAGAGGAAGAAGAAAAAACCUAAGAACCAGUUAGUGAAUUCCAAAAGAUUGCUGAAAAUCCUGUUUCGGCUUUAAACCUGGAUAAGAAUAGUGAUGCCUAUCGUUAAUUGAUUAAUUAACCGCUGUCUUACAAAAUUAUUCAAGCAAGAAUAGAUAUGAAAAGACUGAAAGAAUUGGAUGAGGAUAAAACAGGCAGUCCAAAGUCAAAUAAAGAUAUUAGAGUAUCUAACGGAGAUGAAUUUUAACAUAAAUCUGGAAUGGCUUAUAGCAAAUCCCAAUCGACUAUGGUGCCUAGGCGUAAAAAUCUGUUUAAAGCAAUGCUUACCAAGAAACUAGCAGCUUAAGAUCAAAAUAAUAAAUCUGUCUCUGCUCUAAAUCUCUCUUCUAACCCGACUCCGAAUUAUUAAAAGAGGUAUAGUACUUCUUCAGUAAGUUAUAAGGUAUUUUUGGAAAAGGCAAAGUAGUCAGAACAAAGACAGACAAGUGUUCAUUUUUGA